AUGUUUCCGCUGGUUUUUGAGUACCUUGCAUCAGCACAUGGCGUUUCGUGGGACGUUGUUUGUGGUCGACAAACAGUGGAGAUUUACCGGAUGCUUGUUGCGUGCGCGAUUGCAUGUUUGUACACGAUUCUGAGUGAACCAGGAGUGCACCCAUUUAUUGAAAUCCAAGUACGUUUAAAACUUGCAACUUUGCUAUCCGAAGAAUCUGUCAACUGGCAGGAAGCCACAAAAUUGGUGAGCCGUGGAACAACGCUGGCCAAAUCGUACAAUUAUUACACACUGGCGAUGCAGCUCAAGUAUGCUUCUGUCAAGGCGAUGGCAUUUUCUCCUGGGACAUCGACAAAAACUACUUUGACAAUGUUGGACGCAUAUGUUGCAGAGUCACAAGCACUUGCGGAGCAGUCGGAGGACGCAACGGCAUACUUUUCAUUCAUGUUUUUAAAGAUUUCUGUGCUGUUCAAUGCUAAUACUUUGCAAGAAGCCAACGAGGGGAUCCGGCAGCUGGGAUUUUUGCAAGAGUUUAAGGGCAAGCAGGAUAACGUUGCACAUUUAGCGUUUACAAUGCAUGCGUUGAAGCUAUUCCAGCUGGGAAGCAACAAUGCCGACGAGAUUUUAAACUUUCUUGCGCAGGCAAAGGCACUAGAAACCAAGCAGAUCCCAUUACAAAUGGUGUAUAUGCGGGUGAUUUACGAGAUUUUAAUUCUUGUGGAGCUGUGCGACUACAAGGCCCUGGACCGCGCCCAGGAUGAGCUAUUUGACGUGCUCCAGCGGCAACAAGAAGAACAGGGGAAUAACCCAUGGGUCGAAGAUACCAUUGACAUUCCUCUUGAGCCAUUUAUAGUUGCAGGUGGCAAGCCCGGAACUCUGCAAAUGGAAACAAGCACACUACAGAGCAAGACUGUUGUUGUGAGCUGGAUCAGUCCGUCGGAGGCUAACAUUUUGGCAUAUCUGCUAGCCGGGCUAAUCAACCUACGAAUACGUGGGAAGGCCAAAUUGGCAGCACACUUGUUGCAACAGGGGCUGGCCAAAAUUAAGGCCGAGCUGGAAUCGCCACCGGAACUGGCCAUGAGUUUACGCACUGCACGUGCGCACCAUGACCGAUUGCGCAUCAUGCAGUGCUAUACGCUGCUGCUACUUACUCUGGAACGAUUUUUGGCUUCGCAAUGGACUGAUGACGCAUACCUAAAGGAACUGUUACAUACAACACGCCAAUUACCCGCCAAUUUCGCCGACAUGUUUACCCCGUUGACAUACUACCUCUCUGGAGCAUACUUCCAAGCCUCGGGGAAUAUGCACAAUGCUAUUCAAUUUUACCUUAAGAUUCGCGAGCACCCAUGCGUCGCACCAACGUCAGGGCUGUAUAUUAUAGCGACAAUAAACCUUGUGCUUGUACUGGAAGGCUCGCAGGCGCAAAAGUACAAUAACUUUGAGGUUAUUUCCAAGAUGGAAGAACAACGACGGGACGAGGAUGAUGGUGGAUCGACUGGUGCAGAAGCCGGACGAAGAAACAGCAUGAUUAAAGAACAAACGCUUAAGGGGGCCAAGUCGAACGAAACACCGUCGGCGUACUACAGACGAGAACUGCUGCGGCCGGUGUGCGCGACCCAUGCGUCGCCCAUGGUACAGUGGGCGCUGCAACUGCUGGACGCAGUCUACGAUAGCGGGCCGCGGGAUCAUAACAAGCUGGCGGUUCUGGUGCAAUUUGCGGUACGGCUGGACAACCUGCAGGUGGGUGCGGUGGUGGCUGGUGUUGCGGGCCACGGCGGUGGUGAUAUGACGGUACAAGACCGAGAGCGGCUGGCGCGGCGUGGGGUGGCAGAUGCUGAACAGGAGCAAAGUGCUCUAUGGGGGUGGAUGAAUGGAGUGCUUUUGGAGAACUUGGAGCGCGAGGCGGGCAAUAUGGAAGCUGUGCAAAGCCGGCAUAAGCGUAACAAGCAGUUGAAGAAGACGGUAGAGGCACAGCUAAACCGAGUUGAUUAG